AUGGCCCUUGAUUCAGAUAGCAGUGAUGAUGAAAUGAUGGACCACAAAAAAGAUCUGAGUGAGCCAGGAAAGCAACUACAAAAGCAGCUCAACAAGCAGGAACAAGAACGCCCAAGACGGCUCGUCUCACCCACUCCGAUAGUGAAGAAGAAACUCAAGGAAACGGUGUUGUCAGGCAUUCAAAAGAAGGAAGUCGUAGCACCAACCCUUUUCGAUAGCUUUUUCCGGCUGAACAUCAGAAACCCGAAAAUUUCGUCUUCUACGUUCGAUACCUAUAUAGAUGGUUACAAACGCUUUCGUAUCUCUGAUCUCAAGCAAAACUCUGUAAUUUCAGCUGAUAGCUGGACGACUGCUGGAGUUGUUGUUAGUCGUGAAGUCAGGAAAAGUGCUAACGGAAAAGACUACCUUAUAUGGAAGCUCCACGAUCUGAAGGACUGUCAACAAGCGCCUGUUGUUUUGCUGCUUUUUGGUGAGGCGUAUAAAGAGUACUGGAAGUUGCAAGCUGGGAUAUGUGUUGCGUUGAUGACACCAAUGUUUGCUGACGGUGACAAGAACACUAAUCUGGACAGAUUCAAGCCAAAAGCUUUCAGCAACGCACGUCACUCUAAAGGUUUUCAAAGGCUGCACAAGUUGUCGAGCUCGGUUACUCAAGUGAUCUGGGUACGUGUAAGGGCGUCAAAUUCGACGGACAGAAAUGCAGUAACUUUGUUCAAUGUUUCUAUGUCGGAUUACUGCGUUCAUCACGUUAUGAAGGAAGCACGGAAACUGGCGACCAAUCGAGGGACAUUUAACAGCGUCACUUCAAUGCCACCACCCAAAAAAGUCAACAACGGAUUGUACUGCAACCCUCGAGCCGGUCUGUCGGGACGAAUUGGGUCUGCCAGCUCAUCAGCUUUAUCGGAUAACAUUCAUCCGACUCAGACGAAUGCCAUUAGACCGUCCGAGCUCAAGACUACUACGAAAGCGGAAGAAAAAGAAGUACUCAAAGAGAUAAUUAGUGGACGAGCUCACAUGUUUGGCGCUCGUAACAUGAAGCUUCUUCGCUGA